AUGGCCUUACCGACUUCACCCCGCCGCCCGAUACACCAACCCCCGCGCCGGGUACAAUCCCUCCUCCUCUUGCUCAUCGCCUACCGGCUGGUCAAUGCAUUCUCCGUGCAGACCUUCUUCCAGCCAGAUGAAUACUUCCAGUCCCUGGAGCCUGCUUGGAAAAUCGCCUUUGGCGAGGACCAAGGGGCCUGGAUAACAUGGGAAUGGCGACACCAACUCCGAUCCUCCCUACACCCCCUCCUCUUUGCCGCCCUCUACAAACUUGCGCAUUACCUCGCGAUCAUCCUUCGCGUCUCCCCCGCGACGCGCGCCGAGCUCCUCAUUGCCGCCCCGAAGACAGCGCAGGCCGUUAUCGCGGCUAUCGGGGACUUCUACACCUGGAAGCUCGCGGUGCGCGUAUACGGAAAUGAUUCCCGCGGGGCGUGGGCUACGCUGGCGGCGACAGUUCUGAAUCCCUGGCAGUGGUUCUGCUCCACUCGGACACUGUCCAACUGUCUUGAAACUACCCUGACGAUUGUCGCUCUGGACCUAUGGCCCUGGAAAUGGUCGACUCCCCCGACGGGGGGCAGCCCGGUCAAGCCGGGCCAAAAGAAGGGGCCAGAGCGGACUCGUCCUCGGAAUCAUAGCCUCCAUCAAUGCUUGCCACUGGCGGCACUGGCAUGUAUUCUGCGGCCGACGAAUGUUCUGGUCUGGGCAACACUGGCCAGCGUCGCUUGGGCGCGGACCACUUGGGCCCAGCGCAGGAUCCUUAUCGCCGAGGUCAUCAUUUGCGGAUCGUCGGUAUUGGCAGUGUCCUCUGUUGCAGACCGUCUGUUCUACGGUUUUUGGACCUUCCCGCCAGUUAGAUUCUUGUAUUUCAACAUUGCGCAGUCACUGGCUGUCUUCUAUGGCAGCAAUAACUGGCAUUAUUAUGCCACUGAAGGCUAUCCACUUCUGCUGACCACGUUGUUACCCUUUGCGAUCUAUGGGCUCUAUCACACUCUCAAAUCGCGGAACUCCCCCGUUGGAGACAGCGUGAAGUCCGCGAUCCGGGUCCAACUAGCGGUUGUCUGCGUGGUAAUGCCUCUGGCCCUUUCUCUCAUCUCGCACAAGGAAGUGCGAUUCAUAUACCCAUUGCUACCCUCGCUUCACAUUUUGGCUGCACCUCCAUUGGUGCAAUUCUUCUUCCCGGCCAUCUACUCUCGGCCUCACCCAAGCCACCAUCCCCGCAGGCUAAUCUUGCUCUUCCUUGUGCUCGUCAACACCGUUGUAGCCCUGUACACCACCCUCUACCACGCAAGAGGGCCAAUCAACGUCCUCUCCUACCUCCGCAGACAACAAGAUAAAUAUGGUCUACAACCCACAAAACGAGGCCCAGAACUUCUGGAAGACGUCGGCAUCACAGCCGGCUUCUUAAUGCCAUGCCACAGCACACCCUGGCGAUCCCACCUCGUCUACCCAACCAUCAACGCAUGGGCACUAUCCUGCGAACCACCAAUCAACAUGAACGCAACCGAAAAAGCCGUCUACCGCGACGAGGCCGAUCAAUUCUACGAUAACCCCACCUCUUUCCUGCGCAACAAUAUGGCGGGCGGUCUCCGCUGGACCCCCAAUCUCCCCAGCUACCGCAUAAACGAACCAAGUCCCGAACCACAUCUCCACGACUGGCCAGACUACCUUAUCUUCUUCGCGCAGCUCGAACCAACUCUGCGUCCGCUUCUGCGCGCCUCGAUGUACGACGAGUGCUGGCGCACCGGUAACACAGACUGGCACGAUGACUGGCGGCGUCGGGGGGACAUCGUAGUCUGGUGUCUGGAGUCGAAGGAGCAGGACGAAUGGCGUGAUCAGCACCAUCGUCGCAUUCAGCAGAGUCGGGAUAAGCAAUUCGAUCGUAUCGUGGACUCGUUCAGGAAACAGGCUCCCAAGGAGAAGAAGGGCUGGAGGGAUUUUCUUCCUUCGUUUUCUUCGCCGCCGCCAUCUACGUUCGCUUCGUGGAGACGGUCGGUGCAGUCGUUCUUUUCUUGGAAAUCUUCACAGUCCUCGUUUGCUUGGCCUUGGAGACAGAAGUCUCGAUGGGAGAUAUUUUGGGAAAACUGGGGAUAUAGCCAGAGUUCUUCGUGGUGGUCGAGGUGGGCUCCUUGGUCAUCUAAGAAACGAGUGCCGAGUGAGCGAGAGCUGUUUUCUUGA